GACCCUGUACUUUUAACGUAAUCCCGCUGUGCAGAGUGGUUUUUCUUUUUUUGACGUAGGCAAGCCCUAGGCAAGUGCUUCGGCCUCCGUACCUUCAUGUCGACAUGAGUGUAGAACAAUUACACCCGCCCUAUGUAGUUUUAGAGAUGAUAAUGACGCUUUUUGUCCGCAAGAAGGGCUGCACGCAGUCCGUCCUGCGAGAUGGCAGAGCCUGUUUUGCGUGUACAAGAAGGGGAUCGAUUGUCAGCAAAAAAGAG